UUUUAUCAGGGGACUCAGGUUCAGUUCCCAGCACCCAUAUCAAACUUCUCCGAAUCACCUGAGCCCCAGGAGCUCGCCACCUGUACCCACAUACCCGUCACAUACCCACAUGCUGCAAAGAAGUAAAGAGAAUCUCUCUUUGAAAAAAGAGACAAGAUUGAGACAGUUUCAGGUAGUAUGUAAAAAGGAGAGAUAGCUCAGUGCCUAAGAGUACUGGCUGCUCUUGCAGAGGACCAGGUAAAGUUCCCAGCACCCACAGUGAUUUUCAACGCUCCAUAGCUCCAGUUCUAGGGAGUCUGUACCCUCUUCUGGCUCUGAGGACACCAGGCAUGUACAUGGUGCCCAGACUCCAUCAGACGAACACCCAUCUAUAUAAAAUAGAAAUAAGUCUUAAAGCAAAAAAAAAUUAAAAUAAAAAUUGGUCUUAAAGCAAAACAAAACAAAAACCCUACUUGUAUUACAUGAUUUUUUUGUGUAACAUUUCAGGUCAGUCAGUAUUGAGUUCUGCUUAAGUCUUACAGCAAUAACAAAUACAUCUUUUCUUCCAACAUAACAUAUUUAGGUAAAUCAUUAGUCUUUAGUAUGCCCUUUGUUUUAUAGUCUGCUACAAGGUUCUUGUUAAAGUCACAGCCCUCGUCAUGAACCUCAGCCUGGCUGAAGACCUUUAUUUCCCUAGCUGAGUACUGGUCUCUUCCAGGGCUGCUUAACUCCCCACUCACAUUCUACCUGACUGGUACGGUGUCUCUCCUCUCCUCACGUGGAGCUUCCUGAGGAACAAGCAGGAGAAAGCAUGGACUGGACAGGACUCCCUUGCCUCGUGCUCAUGCUUCAGAUUUGAAAGUACCUUUGCCUCACAAGUCUUCUUUUGUUCUCCCUGCUAUGGGGAGAAUAUCAUUUUCCCUAAGAGUAAUGUCUUCACCUACUGUCACUUUAUAGCAUGUUCGUCUGCCAUCACAGUGACUUAGUUCUGUGAUGUUUGUUUCUUUUCUUUAAACUCAUCUGCUUUCUACCUGCUGUUCUCCCACUCCCUUUUUUUGAGAGAAGGUCUCAUACAGCCCUGACUGGCUUAGGACUGGCUAUGUAGAUUAGAUUGGCCUUGAACUUGCAGCAGUCCUCCUGCCUCUGCCACCUAAGCUCCUGUUUAUUUUCCUUGUGAUUUAUAGUUGAACAUGCCUGUUUAUACCUCGGUGUCUCACAUGUUCAGGUGCAUUUCCUUACAGACACAUGCUUAUAUUUAUGUCAGUAAGCCUUGUGUGAGCCUUUUCCAAGUUACUAAUUUCCUUCUUUCUUUUUUCCAUCUUAUGCUGGAUUUACAUAUACCUUCUGAGUUACCUUUUUUUUUUAAAUUGCAUAUUCAGAUUUCUUUCUUUUAUUGAGAAUUUCUUACACGCUAUUAUUUUUAUAACAUCCACCCUCCAUUCUUUCCACUCCAGAUUUUCCCCUCUCCCUCCUACCACUUUCCCCUGUCACCUUCAUAUGUUCUCUCUUUUAACUCAGAGUCCAUUUAGUGCUGUGUGCAUGUGCAUGGGGGUAGUGCUAUUUACUGGAGCAUGGGUAGUUUUUUUGGUACUCUAUUCCUGAAGAAAAUUUACCUCCCCAGCACAUCAAUUGCUAGUACCUUCUCAUCUAGAGGUGGGACUUUCUUAGUCCCUCCCUGUCCUUGCUAAGAUAUUGGUGGUCUUAAUCUUGUACAGAUCUUACACACGCAGUCACAGCCACUAUAGGUUCCUAGUGUGCGGUAGCCCUGUCGUGCCCAGCAAAUACUGUCUGUCUGCUGCCUGUGGCUCUUACAGUCUUCCUGCCCCAGUUUCUGCAGUGACUCCUGAGCCCUGGGGAAGGGACAUGCUAUAGAUUAAGAGUUGGGUACUCCAUAGCCUCUCAUGUUUUCUGAAUACUGACCUUUUGUGUUUCUGUAUUAGUUACUGUCUACUGCACAAAGAGGCUUCUGGGAUGAAGCCAGUGCAAGAUCAACAUCAUACUUCUUUAAUCUUAGGACCCUUGUACUUCUCCUCUGCCUUAGACACUCUCGUCUCAGUCACUGCUGUAGUUGGUUUUCUUCACUCCCACGUAAAUGUUACUUAGACGGAAGCCUGCAAUCAUGCUAUCUCAGAUGGCCCUGGAUCUGUUUUCUCCUCUUUCUUAUAGCAUUUUGUUAUCUUCCAGCAUGAAGUUUAUAUAUUGUUGACUUCCUCUACCAUAUUGUAAAGUUUCCAGGGACACACAAUUUUGUUUAAUAACAGGCCUAAUGGUUAUAGUGGGCCUGGUUAUAGUAGGUAAAUGUGGAAUAGAUGAAUGAAUAAUAGAUAAUCUUAAAUGAGUUUCCUUUUAAACACUAGAGCUUCCCCUAAACAUUUGCAAAAGAAGACAAUGUUUGAGGUAAUUAGUGAAUGUUGCUAUGGAAACUUAAUGUUUUUUUUUCUUAAAAAUUAAUUUUAGGGUUCAGUUUGGCAAAGACUUGGUGCAGAUGUGACAGCGGUUGAAUUUUUGGGUCAUGUGGGUGGAAUUGGAAUCGACAUGGAGAUAUCUAAAAAUUUUCAACGUAUUCUUCAAAAGCAAGGAUUUAAGUUUAAGCUGAAUACAAAAGUUACUGGUGCCACCAAGAAGUCAGAUGGAAAAAUUGAUGUGUCUGUCGAAGCUGCAUCUGGUGGGAAAGCUGAAGUCAUCACGUGUGAUGUACUCUUGGUUUGCAUCGGUCGACGGCCCUUUACGCAGAAUUUGGGACUAGAAGAGCUUGGAAUUGAACUAGAUCCCAAAGGUAGAAUUCCAGUCAAUACCAGAUUUCAAACUAAAAUUCCAAAUAUCUUUGCUAUUGGAGAUGUGGUUGCUGGUCCAAUGUUGGCUCACAAAGCAGAAGAUGAAGGCAUCAUCUGUGUGGAAGGAAUGGCGGGUGGUGCUGUGCACAUUGAUUAUAAUUGUGUGCCUUCAGUGAUUUACACACACCCCGAGGUUGCUUGGGUUGGCAAAUCAGAAGAACAGUUGAAAGAAGAGGGUGUCGAGUUCAAAGUUGGAAAAUUCCCAUUUGCUGCAAACAGCAGAGCUAAAACAAAUGCUGACACAGAUGGCAUGGUCAAGAUUCUUGGACAUAAAUCCACAGAUAGAAUACUGGGAGCACAUAUUCUAGGACCAGGUGCUGGAGAAAUGGUGAAUGAAGCCGCCCUGGCAUUGGAAUAUGGAGCGUCCUGUGAAGACGUAGCUAGAGUCUGCCAUGCACAUCCGACCUUAUCAGAGGCUUUUAGAGAAGCAAACUUGGCUGCGUCUUUUGGCAAACCAAUCAACUUUUAAUUAGAAGAUUGUUUUUCUUAAAACCUGGAAGAUUUUGUCAACAUUACAACAUUUUGAACAGGAUAAUCUCCCAGUUCUAAGAAUUUGUAGGAUGAAAUUAUGAAACUUCUGGAAGAUAUUUAGUAGGUUUGAACAGAAUGGAAUAACCGUGUAUACCUGUAUUUCAAGUAUUUUGUUCCAGUGCAUUAAUGCAAACAGAAAGCUACAUAUAGCAGCGUUCUGGAAAGUUUUUGACCCGUUUUCAUACGGUCUACGAGAUUCGACAUUACUGAAUUAGUAAUCACAGAUUUUACCUCUCAUUUAGUGGAGGUCAAUCUGUUGACAAGGAAGGAGCUGGAGAAUACAUGUGAACAACUUGAAGAAAACUGGCCAAGUUACUUUAAAUUUGGUUUUCAUAUUGGAAACGAGUCAGUGACUAGAACAAGAUUCAAAUAUGUACAAACAACUUAUGUAAAUAAAAGUGAUUGUCUCUCAUUUUAUUUAACUUCCAAAUUCCUGGCAGUUUACAGGUAGAAUUACAUGUUUAAACAUUGAGGCUAUAGGUCUGUAAGUCUAAAUGAAGAUUCUGUCCACAGAACUAUUAAAUGUAGACUUAUGAUUAUACCAGGGAAUGAAGAUACCAAAAUAAACAUGUCCUAAGUA